GAAGCAAGGCUCACUGCUGCCUGGAGACUCCUGAAGGAGGCUGCCUGUCCCCCAACACAGAGGCUUGGAGGAGGCGGACUCAGAGAGAGGACUCACAAGACUUGUAACAUGGGUGUGGCCCAGCAUUCAGCCAAGCAGGACCCCAGGACAAUGAGACCGCUGUGCCCAUAACCACUGCCCACCUGUGCCAGCUUCCUGCAGUCCCAGAACUGACAAGCAGAUGGCGCUGACCCAGGGUCUGCUCCACAUGGCCCUGCUGGCUCUGUGCUGGAGACCCAGUGUAACAGAGACACAAGACACUGUCCCACUGCAGACCUUACAGUGUUACAACGACUACACUAGCCGCAUCAUCUGCAGCUGGGCAGACACUGAGGAUGCCCAGGGGCUCAUCAACAUGACCCUCUAUCGCCGACUAGACAGUGACCAGGCAGUGUCUUGUGAUAUCAGUGAGAACCUACUGUGGUCAAGCUGCCCCUCACCCCACCGCUGCGUACCCAGGAGAUGCGUCAUUCCUUACAAUCUUUUCGUUGUCGCGGAUGAAGACUACUACUCAUUCCAACCAGACCGAGAGCUGGGCAUCCAGCUCACAGUUCCCCUGGACCAACAUGUCCAGCCCCCACCUCCCAAGGACAUCCAAGUGCCAGGGACUUCAGAGGGCACUGGGCUUCAUGGGGAAGGGGGAGAACCCACUUCCAUGAUGAACAACUCUUCCCUCUGUAACCAGCCCAUUCCUGUGGACUUCAUGCAUGAGGACCAUGGAAAUCUGUGUGACCUAAUCCCCUGUCAGCACUGCUGUGAUAAAGCUGAUGCCAUCUACAACAUGAUAGGCUACCCCAACUUCAUCAUGGACCCCAAGGAGCUGGACAAAGUGUUCAAUGAUUGGAUGUCAGUGAGUAUCCUGGGCUACAACUCCAGCCCUGAUGCUCAGGAGGAAGAAUGCUCUCCAGUGGAGGAGCAGCAGGCCGGCCUCUUCAUCCAUUAUCACUGUGGGAUAAAUGUGUCCAACCCCAGUGCACACAGCCGGUACACAGUCUCUGUUAAGCCGCGGAAGCAAGGGAAAUACAUUCCAAGCUCCAACCACAUCCAGAUGCCCUCUCCAACCCUUAAUGUGACCAAGGAUGGAGACACUUACAACCUGCACUGGGAAACAGAGAAAAUGUCCUACUCCCACAUCAACCACCAGUUCCAGGUCCAGUACAAGAUGGAUUCAGUCAACUGGGAGGACAGCAAGACAGAGACCGUAAAGCAGGCCCACAGCAUGCUGCUGCCAGCACUGAAACCUGCCACCGCAUACGGGGCCAGGGUGAGGGUCAUGCCCACCCCCGGCUACCAUGGGAUCUGGAGCGAGUGGAGCAAGGAGGCCUCCUGGACCACUGAGUGGGUACUGCCCACAUGGGGGCUGGCCCUCAUCCUGGUCUUCAUCACCCUGGCCUUGCUCACGGCCCUCCGUUUUGGCAGUGUCUAUGGGUACAGGUUGAAUAAGAGGUGGAAGGAGAAAAUCCCCAACCCCAGGAAGUGCAUCCUGUUCCAGGAUGGACCUGCAGGGUUCUGGCCUCCCCACAGCAUGGGACCCUUCAUCACCAAGAGCCCCACUCCCCAGGGGCCAAGGGGCAGCCUCUUCACUGAGCUAGAGGGGGUGUCAUCUCCACAUUUGGGGGAGAGUGAAGUGUCACCUCUCACCAUUGAAGAUCCUAACAUUAUCCAAGAUCCACCAUCUGGGCCUGACACCACCCCAGCUGCCUCAUCAGAACCCAUGGAACAGCACCCUAACCCCCACCUAGACCCAUCAGUCCCCUCAGACAGGCCUGAGAGCCAGAUUCCCAGCUUUGACUUCAAUGGCCCCUACCUGGGACCUCCCCACAGCCGUUCCCUGCCUGACCUUGUGGGCCAGCCAGUGCCCCCACAGACAGGUGGGAGCCUGAAGUCAGCUCUGCCAGGCUCCCUGGAGUACCUGUGUCUGCCCCCUGGGGGACAGGUGCAGCUGGUCCCACUGGCCCAAGCAAUGGAGCAGGGCCAGGCUGUGGAUGUGGAAUGCGAGCUCAGCCUAGGGGCCAAGGGGAGCCCUUCCACAGAAUUUGGGGACAAGCCUUCACCUGAGCCAAGGGUAGAGGGGAAGGACCCAAGGGAUAAUCAGGUGGCUCUGCCCAUGAGCUUUGGGGGCCCUGAGGACCCUGUGGUGGCCUCUGGUUAUGUGACUCCUGCAGACCUAGUACUCACCGUGCCCUCAGGGACCCAGUCUCUCUCCCUGGCCCCCUCUUUGGGAUCCCCCUCAACCCAGAGCCUCAGCCUCUGUCUCGGGCUGACUGGAGGUUCCCCUGGAACUGCAGCCCCUGGGCCACAAGGAUUUGAGGGCUACGUGGAGCUCCCUCCGAGCACAAGCCAGUCCCCCAGUUCAUCUCUGUGCAAUUCUAUCCUUCCUGUGCCCAGCAGCCCUGUAGUGAGCCUGGAGGAGCCCAGGGAGGAGGGGGCCCCAGCAUCCCCACACCCUGAGGGCCUCCUUGUCCUGCAACAGGUGGGAGACUACUGCUUCCUCCCUGGCCUGGGGCCUGGCUCCCUCUCGCCUCGCAGCAAGCCCUCCUCCCCUAGCCUUUGUCCCGAGAUGGAGGAUCUAGACCAGGUUCUGCCUGUCAAAAAGCUUCCCUACCAGCAGGCGCCCCAGGUGCCCGCCAUCCAGUUCUUCAAAUCCCUGAAGCAGCAGGACUACCUGUCUCUGCCACCUUGGGACUUCGGCCGCUCCAGGGAGGUGUGCUGAGGCCCCCUGACCUCACCAACAGCCUUGUACUGCGGGCCUGGGGGCUUACUCACUGAGAUCUCCAGACCUGAGCACCCUCCAUCUCUGUUCUGCCCUUGACCUUCAGCAAUGCUCCCCCCUACCUGGUCUCUAUCUUCUGUCUUUCUGUCUCUGUCUUUGCCUCUGUCUCUCUCUCUCUCUCUGUCUCUCUCUGUCUCUCUCUGUCUCUCUCUCUCUCUCUCUCUCUCUCUCUCUCUCACACACACACACACACAGUUCUUUCAAGUUAAUUACUAGAACUUUUCAUGCAUAUUCCACCUGCUAGAUCUUUCUUCCUUUCCCUCUAACUUGGAGUUGGGCUGGGGUCCGAGCGGCCUCUGGGGGUCAGACCUGUGUGGUCUGUCUAGAGUCCAAGGACUGCUAUAGGCCUUGUCCUCCUCAGGCUCCAACAACAUGGCACACCUCUAGCCCAGUGCAGGAGGAAGGAGACUUGAGUGGGCACCUCAAGGGUCAGACUUUGACAGACUGUGUGGGGAAUGGGCAGCACACAUCAUCUGAGAAUGAGCAUGGCUUUCCAUAGCAAUCUGGAGCUGCCAGGGAGCCCUGGGGUCCUUACAGAGGGGACUGGAACCCAUUGUUAUGUAGCGAAGUCAUUGAUGUGGACAACGCCAGACGGAGACCACAGUUACGACCAGGCUGGGUGAAUGAGGGACAAUGGGGUGGGCAGGCAAUCCAGAACUCAGUAGCAGCUGUGGAAAAGCUGAGGGAAAACCCACAAAGGACAGGAGUACAGUGACCACAGAACAGUGCAUCCAGGUGUUGAGUCUGUGGGAUGAUGGCUCUUGGAAAUCACUGCCUUUCUGAAGCUCAAGGCACACGCAUUACACUGUUUUUAUUUGCAUUACUUGCUCACGGUCAGGUUUGUCCAUGUUUUCGGAUGUGUCUUGGGUAUCAGCAUUUACUAUUUUAUUCUUUUCUUGGGCUAAGCCCAUGAAACUUUGUGUUUAUCAUUUUCUGACGAGGCUGUAAAGCUAUUUCCACGUGGCCUUUUGUGGGAGAUACACACGUCUCCCUUGAGUGUGUUCUCUUAGUUUUGUACAGGGGGCUUUGCGACACCCCCAGCACUUGUGCAUCCAAAUUGCCAUGAGACAGAUGGCUGAGCUGCACCCCAUUUGGGGGCCAUAUUUGCAGAGGUCUUCAAGGGAAAACUUAUAAGUGUCCAUUUGUAUUGUGUGUGUGUGUUUCAAGCUUUAUGUGGAAGUUUUUAACUAUUCUGGAAUAUACGCAUGUGACACAGAGAUCUGCUCGACAAACCCGGAGUGAAGGGAUGGUGUGUCAUUGGUUCCCUCCUCUGCUCUCUGUCUCUGUGACUGAAGGGUCACUUUCAUGAUCCACCGAGUCCUCGGCGGAACUGGCUCCAGUUUCCUCUCCUGUGGCCCUUACUCCCUCAAUGGAGCCACUGUCCUGAUUGUUCUUCGUAUUCGAUCUUGACACGGGGCAGGCAGAGCAAGUGUUCCUCUUGAUUUUGUUCCUCAGUCUCUGUUCACUGCAACAAAGAAAAUCAUUCAACCUGAAUCUUUAUCAGUAUGAAAUUCACAACAGCCUGUCAGUACAUGCUAAAGUGAAAGCUCUGGGGGAAAUGAGCAAGACCAGCUCACACAUUAAGUAAGAUAUUAACUCUCAAUACCUUGCAUUAAGAGGAAAAUUUGUAAUAAAAUGUUUGCAACAUA